AUGAAGCACGCUAUCUUCUGCUCUUCUCGUCUCUGGGGAUCAAUCGCUCGGGACAUUCGAGGCUUGUCUCUGCUGGAGGUGCAGUGUUCUCAUAGAAGACCGGCAACCCUCGCUCAAUCGUUCAGCACAAGCGCACCUCUCUCACAUAAGAACCGUGUUUUUACGCCUUUCCGGACGCCGCCGCAGUUCCACGAUGCCCUUCGCCUCAUUUCCGCCAACAACACCCUGAUGCUGGCCCUCUUUACCACUUCCACAUGCACACCCUGCAGGACGAUAACACCCCUGCUGAGGUCACUCGUCGAAACUCGAUCACCGUCGCCAGAAGAUAAAUACUCGUCUCUCGCCUUUGCAGAGGUUGAGCUGGACUCUCCAGACAUGAGCAACGGCAAUAUGAUGGAUCUGGGGGUAGAAUAUGGAGUCAGGAGCAUGCCUACCUUGAUGGGCUUCGGAGGGCGCAGAGCUGAAAGAGUUACCGACCGACUCGUCGAUACGAGAAUGAUGGGCGACGAGAAAGCAAUGGCGAAGUGGAUCGACGAUGAGAUGAAAAAGGGAGAUUCAUUUCCAAGCUCGAAUCAAAGUGGGGGCGGAGGAUUCCUGAGCAAGAUUUUCGGAUCUUGA